CACCCAACCGGCCAGGGUGGCAGCGGCUUGCGCAAGGGGUGGGGCUAGGCGCUUCCCAGCAGAUGCCCCCUCCUGGCUCCUUCCUCUUUCGGUGCCCACAGCUCCCCUCAUCUGUCCACCCCCCUCAGGCCAGCUCCGUCCCCCUGAUCCCCCUGGCCAUUGGGGGCUGGCACAAGGGCUGCCCCCUGGCCUGGUUGGCAGGGGCUGGCGCCCGGGCAAGGAACUGUGGGGCCAAGAGGAGUUGCCGGCAAGGCCCCUCAGCGUUCAGGAAAACAUGGGGAGCCCUGAGGACGACCUCAUCGGGAUCCCCUUCCCCGACCACAGCAGUGAGCUCCUGAGCUGCCUCAAUGAACAGCGGCAGCUGGGCCACCUCUGCGACCUCACCAUCCGGACGCAGGGCCUGGAAUACCGCACCCACCGGGCCGUGCUGGCCGCCUGCAGCCACUACUUCAAGAAGCUCUUCACCGAGGGGGGCCGGGCUGAGUGCCCUUCCCCUGCCGCUCUCACCACCCUGCAGGAAAACAUGGGGAGCCCUGAGGACGACCUCAUCGGGAUCCCCUUCCCCGACCACAGCAGUGAGCUCCUGAGCUGCCUCAAUGAACAGCGGCAGCUGGGCCACCUCUGCGACCUCACCAUCCGGACGUGGUCCUGGCAGGACUGGGGGUGUGGGGGUUCCCAGAGCGACCAGAGACACCCAAGGUGGGAGGCCGGUAGAAGGGCGAGGGGUGUGGGUUCGGCGCGGGAAAACUUUACUGUUGGAGGCACAGGAGAGGGUGCUGGCGGGCCUGACCGGCCCCCUUGCCGCCCCCCGCCCCCCAGGAACGACAAGCUGAAGAUCCACAUGCGGAAGCACACAGGAGAGCGCCCCUACUCCUGCCCGCACUGCCCGGCCCGCUUCCUGCACAGCUACGACCUCAAGAACCACAUGCACCUGCACACGGGGGACCGGCCCUACGAGUGCCACCUGUGCCACAAGGCUUUCGCCAAGGAGGACCACCUGCAGCGCCACCUCAAGGGCCAGAACUGCCUGGAGGUGCGCACCCGGCGGCGCCGCAAGGACGAUGCGCCCCCCCACUACCCGCCGCCCUCUGCCGCCGCCCCGCCCCCUGCCGGCCUCGACCUCUCCAAUGGCCACUUGGACACCUUCCGCCUCUCUCUGGCUCGAUUCUGGGAGCAGUCAGCCCCUCCUGGGCCCCCGGUCUCCACCCUGGGACCCCCUGAUGACGACGAGGAGGAGGGGGCGCCCAGCACGCCUCAGGCUGAAGGUGCCAUGGAGGAGUCCUCUUAAAGAGGGCCGAACGGCGGGGCUGGAGCAGCGCCAGGCCGGGGCGCCCAUGCCAAGCGGUGGGAGUAUGCAGGACGGACAGCUGGGGUCAGGGCGCUGGGCCUCCCUGGCUUCAGCAAUCCGCCCCUUCUCCCCAAAGCCCUCAUUCCAGUUCCAAGCUGAGAAGGUUUUGGGGUCGAGGCUCCCCAGAUUGGGGUGAUCUCCCAAGGAGUGAUACAUGAUAGUAUGUCUCUAUUUACAGCUCUGUUUGUUGUAAAGGUGGGGUCCCUGUCCCCGGCUGCUCCUGGGGAGUAGAAGCAAUAAUGUAUUUCUGAUUUGUGGGG